AUGUCAGAGCUUGGACUGAAGCUAAAGAUAGAAGUUAAAUGUGCUGUAGAAAUGGAGGUGAACAAUACUGAUGCAAAGACUGUGCGGCAUAUCGUGUCGGUGGAUACGACGCCAUACCUUGACCAGAAUCCGGGCACCAGUGGCCUCCGAAGACCGACGCUGAUAUAUCGCCAGAAAAACUACGCGGAGAACUAUAUAGAAUGCAUCCUGAAGGUCCUCGGCGACACCGUGGUUGGGAGUACUAUAGUCGUGGGAGGGGACGGUAGGUACCUCUGCGAAGAGGUGGCCCAGAAGGUGAUCAGGCAGUGUGCGGCGAAUGGAGUGUACAAGGUGAUCGCGGCGCACAACGCGCUGAUGACGACGCCGGCGAUAUCUGCGGUGAUCCGCAAGUACGGCGCGCUGGGCGGCUUCGUACUCACGGCCAGCCACAAUCCUGCCGGCCUGCUUGGCGACUUCGGCAUCAAGUUCAACGGCUCCAACGGCGGUCCGGCGCCGCUUCCCUUCACGAAAACUGUUCACAUCACCUCGCGGCACAUCAAGAGCUACAAGACCCUGAGCAACCUGACUGUCGAUCUCUCAGACAUUGCGACCCACUGGUUCAACGUCGAGGGACGAGAAUUCCUAGUGCAGGUGAUCGACUCGGUGGAUGACUACGUGCAGCUGGUAAAGGAUAUAUUUGAUUUUCCUCAUCUGAGCCGGCUGCUAACGGAAGGUCUUGGAGGAGAGCCUUUCCGCCUGCUCGUGGAUUGCAUGCACGGAUCUAGUGGACCGUACGCGCGCAGAAUAUUCUGCGAUGAAAUGGGCGCGCCACCUGAGCGACAGGACCCAUGGUCAACUGUAUCAUCCAAGAUAAUGAACUUUGCGAAAGGUUUACUGCUGGAGAAACAUGGUGUAAGAUCUACAAAGGAUGCAGACUACCAACUGGCGCUCAAUGUCGCCAGCACGGUGAUGAACGCGAAGCCGGUGGAGGACUUCGGUAACCACCCGGCGGACCCUAACAUGACGCGCGCCAGCCAGCUGCUGCAGCGCGCGCGGGCCGGCGCCUGCGACCUGGGCGCCGCGCUGGACGGCGACGGCGACCGCUGCCUGCUCGUGGGCCGCGGCGGGCUCUUCGUGCCGCCCGCCGACUCGCUGGCCGUGCUGGCCGCGCACCUCUGCUGCAUCCCCUACUUCUACAGCCGCACCACGCCAGGCUUCGCCAGGAGCAUGCCUACCGCCGCCGCCGUCGACCGCGUCGCCAAGGAGCUCGGCCUCGAGUGCUACGAGAGAGGUGGUGGACAGGUGCCGACAGGCUGGAAGUACUUCGGGAACCUGAUGGACGCGGGCCUGGUGUGCCUGUGCGGCGAGGAGAGCUUCGGCACGGGCUCGGACCACAUCCGCGAGAAGGACGCGCUCUGGGCGGUGCUGGCGUGGCUCUCCGUGGUGGCCGACCUGCGCCUGCACGUCCACCAGAUACUCGCCGACCACUGGAAGCACUUCGGCCGCCACUACUUCCAGAGAUACGACUUCGAGAAGUGCAACCGGGAUAGCUGCAAGCGAAUGAUGUUCGCUCUGGAGCAGUUGGUGGCCAGUGGGACCAUGGUUGGCGAAUGCUUCGGGGACGCCGACUUGAUAGUAGAGGCCGCUGAGAAGUACCGCUACGUCGACCCUAUCGAUGGAACUGUAACCAAAGACCAGGGCAUCUGGGUGCGCUUCGAGGGCGACAGCCGGCUGGUGUUCCGACUGGGCGGCACCGACAGCUCGGGCAGCACGGUGCGCAUCUACUGCGAGCGCUACGAGCCCGACCCCGAGCGCACCGACCUGGACCCGGCGGAGGUGGUGCAGCCGCUCUACAGGGCCGCCCUCGACGUACUCCGCCUGGAGGAGUUCACCGGCAGGACCAAGCCCGACGUCGUCACCUAA